AUGACUCACGAUGUCAAGGAAGAUGAUUCCGAUACCGAUGAUUCCGAUACCGAUGAUUCCGAUGCUGAUGGAGACGAUGUCGACAAAGAUGAUCCCGACGCUGAUAGAGAUAAUGUUGAGGAAGAUGAUUCCGACACCGAUGAUUCCGAUGCCAAUGAUUCCGAUGCUGAUGGAGACGAUGUCGACAAAGAUGACCCCGAUGCCGAUAGAGACGAUGUCAAGGAAGAUGAUUCCGAUACCGAUGAUUCCGAUACCGAUGAUUCCGAUGCUGAUGGAGACGAUGUCGACAAAGAUGGUCCCGAUGCCGAUAGAGAUGAUGUCAAGAAAGAUGAUUCCGAUACCGAUGAUUCCGAUACCGAUGAUUCCGAUGCUGAUGGAGACGAUGUCGACAAAGAUGAUCCCGACGCUGAUAGAGAUAAUGUUGAGGAAGAUGAUUCCGACACCGAUGAUUCCGAUGCCAAUGAUUCCGAUGCUGAUGGAGACGAUGUCGACAAAGAUGACCCCGAUGCCGAUAGAGACGAUGUCGAGGAAGAUGAUGUUGAUGAUGCCGAUGAAUAUGUGUUGGAAGCAAUACACGAGCUGCCAACCUUCAAUCCGUUCUCCAAUGUACAUCCUGAUUCGUCUCCCUUUCGGUUGAAAAUGUUAACAACCCCGUCCUUGUUUACCUCAAUCCAUGCAACAGGCAGGUCAUUUAUUUUGCCACAAGUAUCCACAUAUAAUCUAGAGUAA